UCUCACACCGAGCCGCGAAUUUAAUGUGUAGCAAAUCGAGGCAGCCGCCCCCGCCUCCUCUUUUUUCCCCCCCAUUUUUUUUAUUUUUUUAUUUAAUCAUUAUUUAUUUAAUUAAUUUGCAGCCACCAUCUCCUGGUUGGUGUGCUGCAGAGGGAAUGAUGCGGGCAGCGUGCGUCGCCGCUUCAUAGGCGCAUCCGCAGCUUCUCUGCGUGGUGCAAGGUGUCUUUGAACCUGAGACGGAGGAGGAUCUCCGGGAGGAAUCAGAGGAAGGCUCUGUUUUGACUCACGUAUGUCGAGAUGGUGUUGGACAAGCGUCUGCUGAAGGGUGGUUCCCAUCAGGUAGCGCUGCCUCUCUUUCCCUGUAGUAUCGGGUGUGGACGAUGAUGAGGAUGUUCCUGAAUAGAUGCAGACAGACCGAGCAUCGUCCUCGACGCAGUCACCAACAGACAAAACUUUCCAGAAGCCAGAGAAUUAUUAUCAAUUCAAACGACGCUCUGAGAGGCAGCGUUCAUCUUCCUCUUCUGACAAUGAACGUGAGAGAGAAGGUCAAGGCACGGGGCUGCAUGAAAGGAGAAGAAAGAAUCAGAACAAGUGAUUUAUUUGGUUUCGUAAAGCUUAAGUUGAAUUUUUCGACGAGGUUUCCAAAAGGAUUGUUUGGGACUAAAACAAUAGUGAGCAUCACCAACAGAAGCAUAUGCAAUGAAAACAUGCUGGAGGAAACUAAAAUAAGACCAACUGGUCAAGGUGCUACACAUGCAAAACAACAAUCACUUGAUUUUCUGCAUUACUGUCAUGGGAUAUUACACAAUAAAUAAGGUUGUUUUAGUCUUUUGUAUCAUAUCCAAAAGCAGGUUACUGUCACAAACAGUAGCAAUCCAUGAGAUUAAAACCACAGCAAAUCAAAAGACAAAUUUUAUGAAUGAUGGAUCUGAAGCAAAGCUGCUGUUUUUAUUCGGUGAGUAUUUACUCUGUUGAAAUGAAAUGGUUAUGUUCUGCAUUAGUCAUGGCAACACGUUUCAAAACAUAAGAGGCUAAACUGGUCAAAUUCAUUGGCGUGUCCUAAUAUGUAGUCAUAGCAGAUGGAGAGUGUCUUCAUCUUCGUAUCGUCAUAAGUAAUAUACAUUUCGAAUCCUACAAGGAUGUCCAAAACCAUUUACCAUUAAUAGCGGUCAGUGGGCACAACAAUGUUCCAGUUUGUGAGACCUGAGCCUCUGACAGCUUAAAGUGAUUUCUGUUCCAAAUCUAACAGGAGCUAAACAACAACAUUUGGAUUAAAAUAAUCACUUCAGCUUGUAAAACCUUUGAUUCCAACAAGCAAUCCAUAUAUUUUAAAGGGGUAGCUUAGCUCUACAACGUAGUUGGUCGUUUUUACAUGCUUAUCUGUAUAAUAGGCAACAUAUUUGUUGCCUGUUAUACUGUCACAUCGUCCUGACAGUAUAAUAUACAAUGGAUAAUCUGUGACAAAAUCCAAGGUCCUCUACCUGUGGUACUGCCAUAACAAAAAAAGAGCCAGGAAGAGUGUCUUAGCAGUGUCAAUCAUGCCCAUGUAUGCGCUGCACACACUUCUCUUGCACAUAAUUUCCAGUAAUGGUGGGUUGCUGCUGCUAUUAAAGGCAGAGAAAUAGCAUACAGUUACAGGGAAACUGUUUAUCCACCAUUACUGGUGGCCAUACUUACUAGCCUACAUAUUCAUGACUCAUUGCUCUCCUUGCUGUGGGGAAGGAGAGCAAGUGGGAGGGUUUUACUUACCGCAGCUUUAAUGGAAAGAUAGUUUUAUUAACCUUCAAACUGCUGUCAUGCAUAGUUGAAUGAAAAGGCUAUGCACAUAAAUGUCUGAGUUCACUGAACACAGUGGUAGACCAAGGCGAGUACCAAUAACAUCACUAAUUGAAAGUACACGUCCAAAGAUGCAAUCACAAAUAUAGCAGGUCAGGUUAAUAUUUACACAACCUUUAUGUUUGAUCAGAUCAUAAUCAUAAUUGUAUCCAGUCCAGUUUUGGAAAUAAAACUGGACUGGACCUCUUUAGGUCAUCAAGGACCUGACUUAUUCUUCUAAUGUACUGCAGACGGAAAUACAUUAGGAUAGCAGCGAAGCAGCCCCUCAGCAUGAUUCUACCACCACUAUGUUUCAAAGCUCACAACCUCAUUGUUUCCUCCAAACAUUCUUGUCAUUUUUUGCCUAGUAAUCCAAGCUUUGCCUGCGGAUAUUUUCUAAAUAUUCUAAAUAUUAGUGUAUUUGGGCUUAUAUGUAAUAUUUUGUUCUGAAAUUUGAACUUGACUACUUAAUCCUGAUUUCUUCUCUUUUUUUUUGUCUCUAAUGUUUUAUAAAAUCACUCAAUUCUAGAAAAAUAACUCAAACACAUUCAUUAAAUGUGAGAAUUUAUAUUACUUUGAUGGCCACCAUAAGUGUAUGUGAACCUUUGACCAUAACUGUGUCUCUGCAUGUUGGUUUCACACAAUCUAUAGAGUUUUUUUUUUUUAACUCUAAAUUUUUAAUCUGUACUUUCUCUUUAUCUUUUUCAAUGUCCUUGUGAAGAAAGUAUCCCUAGGAAGACCUGCUGGGUCAAGACCAGUCAAACCUCUUUAGGUCAUCAAGGACCUGUUUUAUUCUUCUAAAGUUCAAAGAAGCAUCUCUCACUGGGGACCAUCAGAUUUAUUGAAAGAGCACAGAUUCAUAAAGGGCUUUGUGUGGAUCUCAGCAUGCUGCCAACAGGACAGAGCAAGCCAUCUGGAACUUUUCACAAAAUCCUUCGACCGCUUCUGUUCAGUGUUUUUAUUCUCGGAUGUUUUGUGACUGCCUUCUUGAUGUAUUUUAAGCCAUCCACCAGCUGGUUAAAUGGUCCAUUAGAGUCAUCUGAUUCCUCGAAUCACGUCAAGCAUGCCUUUGCAAAGAGUGACAAAAACAUGACUACAGUUCUUGUUUGGCUGUGGCCCUUUGGACAAACCUAUGAAAUGAACAUCUGCAGCUCUGCCUUCAACAUCGAGGGCUGCUUCAUCACAGCGGAUAAAAACUUGUACAACAAAUCGGACGGGGUCGUCAUCCAUCACAGAGACAUUGCUGGGGACCUGUCCAACUUGCCGACAUCCCAGCGUCCCCCGUUCCAGAAAUGGAUUUGGAUGAACUUGGAGUCGCCGUCGCAUUCAGCCCAGCUUCCCGGGAUUAAUAACUUCUUCAAUCUGACUCUCAAUUACCGUCAGGAUUCUGACAUCCAAGUGCCUUAUGGGUCAAUUGUAGCAGCAGAUACUGUGGAGGACUUUGUACCACCAAGCAAAAACAAACUGGUCUGCUGGAUCGUCAGCAACUGGAAUCCCGAACAUGUACGAGUGAAAUAUUACAACGAGUUGUACAAACACAUUGAGGUUCAUGCGUAUGGACAUGCAUUUGGGGAGUACAUCGCUGACAAAGAUUACAUCCCCACCAUGGCCAGUUGUAAGUUUUAUUUGUCCUUUGAGAACUCAAUCCACAAGGACUACAUCACAGAAAAACUAUUCAUCCCCCUCUCUGUGGGCACAGUGCCAGUGGUUCUUGGCACAACCAGAGAAAACUAUGAGAACUUUGUUCAAGGAGAUGCUUUUAUCCAUGUGGAUGAUUUCAGCUCACCCAAAGAGCUGGCUGACUAUCUGCUUCUUCUGGACAAGAACGAAGAAUUGUACCUUGGGUACUUUAAAUGGAGAUGGCACUUUAAAGUAAACAGAGCCCAUUUCUGGGCAGAGCACACAUGUAAGGCCUGUGAUUACCUGAGACAACACAAAGAAUACAGGGCAUUCAAUAACCUUAACAAGUGGUACUGGGGCUGAUGCUGCUUAGAUGGACUAUACAGCAUUCAUCACCUCUCUAUAAGGUGGGACUCAGCACACAGAAAAAAAACAAUUACUUGGUGAGACGAACAUUAAGUUGAAAAUUUAGAUGUAAUAUUUAAUUCAGGCCUUUUCGAAAUACCAUCUCAUUUGUGAUUGUGAAGAUGUCACCUAUGCAGAGCACUAAAGUCAAAUGUGAAGGUAGUUUAACACUGUCGUGCAUAAUUUUGGAAAUUUGUAGCUGUCUUUAAACAUUUUUGACGUUUACUUUUGCACUGCAAAUCUAAAAGACGCUUCUCUUUACAUUUUGUGAAGAACGAUCAAUGAUCAUAGUAGUAAUUACUCGCAGGGGCCAUGUCAUUAAGAGCUUGGUUUUUGUAGUUGGUACCCAGAAAAAAAAUAAUGUGAAUUGGAUUUUAUUUAGAAGGUUCCCUUGCAGCCUGAGCAACCAUCAUUUUCAGCAUUGUCCAAGUCUUGACAUGAAUGAAGAAAAUAAGAAAGGAGAAUGGAGACUAUCUUACCUUCCUCUCUUUUUACCUCCUUUUUUCUGUUUAUCUUCUUGUUUCAUUUCAUCCUGUGUUUACUUAAAUCUUUUUUUGUUAAUUUCUUCUAUUCUAAGUCAUCUUUUUCUUUCCUUUUUCCCUUCACUCUUACAUUCCUAACUGUGGCUCAGUUUCCAUGGCCUUCUGACUAUUUCCUCUUAUGUUUAAAUCCAAAUACUCAAAGAAAAGAUUCAGCUCUAAGAGGUUACACAAGAAAAUGAACCAAAUUUUGCAGUAAAUUCUUUUGAACAUUAAGUAAACCACUACACUCAGGAAUCAUUUCAUCCCUAUUAAACUGGUAACAACAACCAAACACACAAAACUGACUCCUCUGAAAACACACCAAUGAACUAGUGUCAACAUUUAUCACGACAAAAUGAACCAACAGUUGUAUUUGUUUUGUCUAUUUUUAAAGAAAAUGAUGUCCCAUCAGGUUAUCCCUGUGAUUACAAACAUCUUUUUUAGCCUCUCUGUCAGCCAGUUUCGUCACAGCCAAUAUAAAUCAGGUUGCUUUCGGUAACAACUAGGCCAAAGGUAGUAUAACUCCAGGAAAUGCAAAGCCUUUGAGAUGGCAUAAGUAAACUUUUGCAAAAACAAAAGACAGUCUCUAACCCGCCUGGACCCUCUCAAAACCAAAUAAUGUGUAACGCCAAAAGUCAAAACUAAUUCGUAGUCCAGCAGUAUGUCAAGUUAUGAAAAGCUUAAAUUCUCUAAACUAGAUUCAGUUCAGGUACAGGACUUCUUUUUUGCAAUAUAAACUAACUUUUGAAUUAAAAGUUCACUCUAAAAUGAUGGGCUGCAACAUUCACCUCUGUAGCAGAUAAUCAAUCUGUUCCAAAGGAGCCUCCAACUACUGGAUACUGAAGAGCAGAAAGUCUCAGUGCUGAAUAAAGGUCCCGAUGCACUGAGCAGAAAGUGGCACUUUUUAAAAUGUAUUUAUUUUUUACAAACCCCACCAACUUGAAAUAAUUACAUGAUUGGUUGAUUUUACUAUUUGUAACCGCUCACAGGUGACUAGCAUUUGAAUACUCCUCUGGAUUUCCUCGAGGUUUCAACCAAUCACAAAGCUGUUGAGGUCCUUUUUUCUACCUAGCAACAGAGCCGGACGACUUCAGACUUCUCGCUGCUUUCAAAUAAACCUGGAAACUUUGACCCUAGGUUGCUCUUACUCUUAACAAUAUUUAAAUUGCAAAAAUAAUCCACUUAUAAUGCAGGAUUUGAUUUCCAAUGAUCAGAAGUUCUUUACAAAGUGUCCAUUUAUUUUAUUUCAAUAAUUUAUUAGGUCCUUUGAGAGUACUUAGAGGGCCCUGAUGGGUCAUCUGUUGUAAUGAUAUCUAUUGUGGAUUAUGAAGCACCUGCUCUGUUAUCUCAUAGAGCAGGUGCAGAAAAUGAAAAAGCACAAAAUCAACACAUGGCUGCGUCAAUAUGGCUGCUUCUCUGCAAUCUCAAAAUAAAGCCUCAAUAUUUAUUUAUAGAUAAAGUUAAAUACUGAGUUUUGAAUGGAAGUUUUUCCCAAACCAGUCAGUAGUUGAAAGCGGGUUUUGCGGUGCUCUUUUUCCUUCUGUUGCAUGUAGCACUACAAAACAAUUAAGAUCACAUUAUCACAGUAAUUAUAUUACUUUUUGAUCUCCUAUGAAAACCUGUAAAUUGGAUUCCAUCACCACCCAUCAUCAAUGUUUGGACAUUGUGUUUUUUCAUUUAAGUUUUAAUUCUGAGCAAAUACCAUGUGAACAUUUUAUGCAAGUUGAACUGGCAGCUUUCUUUUGGGUCAAAGCCUGAAAUAUAUAUUUUGGUGAGAAUUGAAUACUUUUUCAUUAUCACUGGGACCAGCAUGUAAAGUAUCAUGAGCUCAGUUUUGUACUACACUCUGGAUACUAAAAUCAGUAUUGAAACAAGUGCAUAAAUGACGUAAACUGAAGGAUUAAACUUGAUAAAACGGGGCUGUGACAUGAGAUUAUCAAUCCUACUCCAUUAGCGAAAGAACAAAUAUGUGUUGUAAAUAUUUUUAAAAUUCAAAUGUCUUUAUAACAGUGGUAUGACGCUGAAUGAAAUUCUACUGUAUUCUUGAGGAAUUAAGAGGCUAAACACUGAGGUAAACAGUGGGAAACACUUGAAGUAAAAAUACAGAUCAGAAACGAUGCUUGUAGUGCCAGGGAAUGGGAGCAUGUGUGUGUGUGUGUUUUUUGUUUUUUUUCUUUUUCAUUCAAAUGUUUUUGGAUCAGGUGGAAAUCCUGUUGGCAUCAAGUCAGAAAGAAAGGUUGUGCCAAAAAUGCAGCCCAGAUAUAGCACUUUUAUUUAUGUGAAGUUGUGUAACUCACUGUGCUCAUGGGUUGUCUUAAAUGGAGCUUUUUGAGUUCAUCAGCAAGCCUGUCCAACGGAUGCUUUUGUUUACGCUUUUAUAAUGUAUAGUUCUUUCUCCUUUAUGAACAUGAAGCUUUGUUGUCCAGUGUGGUCGGUAAUUUUGCACAAAUGGGGUUUCUGUUGUGAAUGUUGUUUGACCCAUUCAUCCUUUCUUCUUUUCAGAUACAACGAGCUGUAGAUUGUCUGAAUUAAUUGGAAGGAAUCAGGAAUUAUCUUGUUAAUUUGCAGGUACGGAGAUCAAAAACAUCUUGUACUAUGAAUGGGUUUAAAUCUCUUAUGUGUGGUUUCUACUGAAAUUGCAAAAAAAAAAAAAAAAAAAUCUGCCAGUUUACUGAGACAUUUAGUGAGUCAGAACAAGUUUUUUGCCAAAUCAUUGUAUUUUGCCAAAUGUGUUCUAACUAUAGAUGUCUACUAGUACAAUGGAGAGAAUAAAGUAUGAGUAAAUGAAUAAACCUGAAUGGUGUGACCUAAUGUUUUAUU